AUGCGGGCUCCGGGGCUGCUUGCUGCUGCUGCUCCGCUGCUGCUGCUGCUGCUCGGUGCCAGCUGUGAGGAUGAUCCAGCUCCUGCAGGUCCAGAUGGAAGUGACACCAUCACCACGACCACAGGCACCAGCAAGGCACAAGUGACCACCCCUACAAGCAGUGCAGGAGACACACCACCCGAACCUAAGUCACCUACCACAGUUCAAACGACCACCACAACAGCCAAGCCAGCAACCCCUGCACCCUCUGCCACAUCACCCACCGCUGCUCAAGGCACCACCACUGCAACCACUCUGAGAACCACCCCAUCCACCCCUGCAUCAUCGCCUACCACAGUGCAAGGGGCCACCACCACCACCAAACAGGGAAACCCAACACCUGCCCCCACCACAUCACCCCCCAGCUCCCAGCAGGCCGGCUCUGCAGCCAGCUCUGGAGCAUCCACAGCCAGCCCUGCUGCAGCCCCUGCUGCUGCCGAGCAGCAGACCAGUCCUACAGUCAGUUCGGGAAGCUUGGGGACCACCACUACUGCAAACCCUGUCCUCACUCAUGUGAGCAGCCCUCCAGCCACCCAAGGAGGUGUAGGGGCUGCUGCCACCUCCAGGUCAGAUGCUCAGGGAGGCCAGCCUCCGGAUCAUUUGGCCAGUACCACUGAGAGCACCGGAGUCCUGAGCAGCAGCUCUGCCCUUGGCCCCAAGGACCAUGCCCCUUUUUCUACACAUGUCACCAAGCAGCCUCAUUCUUCUUCCAGUUCUCCAGCCCAGGACCUUGCCUCUUCCACCAGACCUGGAAGCACCAACCCUUCUGUUACCCCUUUAAGUGGAUCUCUGCCCCUCCCCACCAGUAAAACAUCUCCGACUUCACCACCUGGCAGCAUCCACAAGAGCCCAGAGGCAGCCACCACACUGACUCCUGGAGCAGAGGACUCAGACCAGAGAAGCCACGAUGUUGGACCUACAUCAGCCAAACCCACCAGUGCCUCCCGGGGCCCUGACAGUGCCCAGCCAUCCCCCCCAGCCCCAGGGGACCACACAGUGCCCAGCAGUCCUGGCCACCAGCACCUGAACACUUCUUUCCAAAAUGAGGUCAUCUGCAAAGAUGCUAAAGGUGCACCUGUAGAGGUGCAAAACAACUGGCUCACCAUGUAUCUGAAAGAAGCCAAAACCUGUGCUGAGUGGAGGACGGCGAGCGCCAACAUCUCCUUCUUCGAGAGCUUGUGCUCGACGGGCCGGCACACGUUCGACGCCAGCAGGGAGAGCUGCACGGUGACACUGCUGUCCCACGAGCCACAGUCCCAGCGCUGGGACGUGCAGGUGGUCCUGCACCUCCCUUUGCACCCUGAAAACAUCCUCGAGGAGCUGGAGAGGAAGGACAAGUUAGAGCAGCUGGGCAUCGGCAUCGCCAACGUCACCAACGACAAAACGGAGAGGGAGGCGAUAAUCGACGAGUUCAGCACCCCCCUGAUCAUCACCAUCGUCACCCUGGCCGGCUCCCUGCUGCUCAUCGCCGCCAUCUACGGCUGCUGCCACCAGCGCUUCUCCCAGAAGAAGGACCAGCACAUCCACCCUGAUCUCCCCGGGUUUGAUGAUGGACAUGUGGCCCUGAUCUUUAAUCGCCUGACCGAGGAGCUGCAGACCAUGGAGAAUGGCUACCAUGACAACCCCACGCUGGAGGUGAUGGAGACCUCCUCCGAAAUGCAGGAGAAGAAGGUGAACCUCAACGGUGAGCUGGGGGACAGCUGGAUCGUUCCUCUCGACACCCUCAUGAAGGAGGACCUGGAGGAAGAGGAGGACACGCAUUUAUAGGGUGCAGAACACGAUCAAGCAAAAAACGACCACCACUCCCCCCAAAAAUCCCCUUAAUCCUUCUACACACGCACACACAGCUCCAAAAUAAGGCAAAAUUCUCCCCCCCCUAAAAAAACCCAGAAAAUUCCUUAAUGAACUAAUCAUGGCCCCUUGUGCCACCACGUGGGUUGCAGGACGGAAGAGGAAGGGGCAUAAGACACCUCUGGGGCACAUCAAGUCAAGACACUUUGGUGGCCACAUCAAGACAAGCAUCCUCCACCCCCCACCCACCUACCACACCAGAACUGAACAGCCAUGGGCAAACAGGGGGGCUUUGCUCCUGAAGAGCUGCUGGUGUCUCCUCCCAUCCCACAUCCAACCAUGCCAACUGCAUCCUCCAGCUACCAAGUGACUCAAAACUGAAGAGAAACAAAGCAAGUAGGAUGGGAGAGGGAGCAAAUCCAACAGCAAACCAGCAGCUGGCAACUACAGCUCAAAAAACCCCUCUGUUUAGUCAUCACUCCGCCCUCCCCAGCACCCAGGUAUGGAGUGGAAAAAGCUGGAAAAGCCUGUUCUUUUUGAAUCCAGUUUCCAUCCUUUUCCCAGAAAUCGCCGGCUAAAACGCACAAGAGCCCCUCGCUGUGCCGUGGGCAGGUGGAUGCAUCCGGAUCCAGCAGGAUGGGAGGGAUGCAGCAGUGCCAAGUGAUGCUCAGCCCUGUCACCCAGGGCUGUGGAACAGAUCCUACACCCACGUGGAAACCAAGAGAGGUGCAGCAGCUUCUUGUAUUGAUGGGAUGAGAUAGGGAAGGAGAGGAAAAGGAGUAAUUCCUUGAGUUCAUCCUUCUUGGGAAGGGUGUGGAGAUCAAGAGCGAUGCCAGGCAUAAUGUUGGGGGUUUUGUGGUGCAGGAGGCCAUCUCUGGUGCUGCAUUUCCCUACACAAUGAUCAGUUACCUUCCAGGAAUUAUGCAGCAGCACCUCACGGCCUUCAUCCAUCCUGCACGAGCCUAUGGGUGAUGUGCCCCACCGUGGUUUGUGAUUUUUGUGCUCAUGUUUUCCUGCCUGAGCAGCAGAAGAGGUAAAGGAGCAGAAGAAACACGAGCCAGGCAGCCUGGUGGCAUUCAGGGUUUUCCACCUGUACAGCCCUUGGUGUUUCCUCCUCUUGAGGAUUGUAAGCUCAGCCCAAGCUCUGAAGCUCUUCCUCACAAGCCAGUAAACUAACAGAGACCUGCAAAGCAACUUCCAGCACAGCAGCAAGGCUGGGACUGAGCUUCAUCCUGCAGCCCUUGGUUUGUCAUCCAGGUCUCCCUCUGCUGAAGUCUACAGAGGGGAAAAGAAACCCAUGGCUGGACUGAGGCUGUUUCUGGUUUUCUGUUUCCCAGAAGCUCCUGAGUGGCUCUAAAAGGAUGGGGAGAGUUUCACACCUUUGCACUGGUGCCAGUGAAGCAGCUCAGCACUGGCAGAGUCAGGGACCCAUCCUCCAGCACACAGGAAAGAGAGGAGAGGACCAGAAGGUCACCUGGGUGAGCACACCUCCCACCAGGAGGAUGGUGGUUGUCCCAAGCCCCCUGCAAACCAGAGGAGCUGCAGAGAAGAGCAGUGUCCAAGCACUGCUCUCCCUCUCCCAUUUGCCAUCAACUGUGCACUCAUCAUGUGCACAACAGGGAGAUUUCCUUUGGGCUCUGCCACCAAGUCAACACAACUGGGAUCCACUCCCAUGGCUGCCCUGAAUGAGGGGAAAAGCACAGCCAAGCAAUGGAAAGCUUGGAGAAAUCAGGUCGAGUUGGUCCUUGGGAGUACUCAGGAAGCAGAGGGUCGGGGUGGUUCUCUCAGCCCCAGGACAGGCAGAAGAUACAAGAGGCUCUUCCCCCUUCUCCCCUGCACUGAAGGGCAGAGUCUGAAGUGUUCAAAACCUUUCUAUUUUUGUAUGUAAAUAUUCCUGCUAUUCAUUAGCGAUGUAUCCUGCACACCUCACUUACCCGUGCACUGCACUAUGGGGAAGUCAUUUUGGAGGGGAGGGGAAAUAAAAGCUAAAAUAAAUACCAAAAAAAAAAAAAAAAAAAAAAAAAAAAAAGAAAAGAAAGGAAAAGCUAAAGGCCAGCCUGGUAGGGCAUCAGAAUUUGACAGGAAGCAGGAAAACACCUCUCGCCCAGGUAACCCUGCGCCACAGCUUUGUCCCUGCUCUGGCAGCAUAAAGCUCAGCUCAGUAACGUGGCCACAAGGCUCAGAGAACCCGUCUGGGUAUCCACAACAGCUUCCAUGAGUGUCUUGGCUUCCCAGUUGCCCUGAGAGACGAGCAGCAGGUCGGUGACCUCACCUUUCUGUCCCUCCCAGGCAACAAACACAGCAAAAACACGGGGCAGCAGCACCGCUGUGGUCGCAGGGGCUGGUGUUCCAUGGGGACACCCCUGGCAGGGCAUCUCCAGGCAGUCGGGCUUUGGCAUGUGCCUAAAGAUUCCCCCUUCCCAGCAAAGAGAUGCCGAAGUGCUUUAAUGAAUCAGGUCCAAAGACUUUCCAGGAGAACCCUACAAAGGCUUGAGAUCAAACAACCUUAAAUCUUUCCGAGCAGAGACCACUGAACUGCUCAGCAAGUGCUUAUAGUGAUUUAUAUUUGAAUAGGAAUUGUACAUUUAUUUAUUUUUCCAGACACCAUAUUUUUAAACCACUAAUAUUUUAUAGUAGAUUUUCCUUCCCCUAUUUAAAGAACUAUUUCCACAGGAAAAGAAAACAGUACUUUUUUUUUUUUUUUUUUAUGUUGAGAACAUUCUUUUUGGAAAACAAAAAAAAAAAAAAUCAGGUAGGAAAUGCAGCAAUGAGCAUCUUUGGCCUUAACCCUUCCCUUUGUAGCUGUAGCCAUAAUUGUUAGACCAAAAAUAAUAAAUAAAGGCAUUUCCUCCCUCCCUGCCCCUCCUCCCUUCCCCACGCUCCUCUUCUCUCCCCCAGAACAGCUUUAACAUCCGACACAUUGUACAAAGAGAUUAUUGCUCUUACCUUUGGGAGAGAGUUUUACAAGCAGCUCAGAGGUCCUUGCAAGAGACUUUUCUAUUUUCAGAUUCACAAGGAACGUGUAAAUACUUUAGGACCAUUUUAUCUCCCGCUCUCAGUGCCAUGACCCAACUGAUGAGGUUGAAACUGUGACUGUUGCCUACAGAAGACACGCAGAAGUCAUAAUUCAUAAGGGACUGGAGAAGGAAAAUCUAAUUCCCAAGGUGGCUACCUGUUGAACCUUGCACAUAUCCUAGAGCUCUUAUGUACUGUGUAGCAGCAUCUCUCACGGGGACAGGAGUCUGAUUUACACUGGAAUUUACUGAGGAACUGGAUUGUAGAGAUUAUUCUUGCAUUUUCCUACAAAUAUAUUUUGAAAGCAUCAUGUAUUUCUGUCAAUAAACAUUCUUAUGUAAAA